AUUUCUAUAUAAGAAUUUAUAAUGCUAUAGAGUAAUUUGACAUCCUAUCUAGAAGGAGUUGAGAAAUAGAUAACAAAUAAUGAAUUAAGUUGUGAGGAGGCAAUGGAAAUGAUUUCAAAAUUAAAUCCUUAGAGUUUGAUAGAAAAAAAAGAGUUAAUGCAAAUGAGAAAAAAGUUGUAAUAAUUGUAAAGAGAUGAAGUGAAGGAAAAAAUAAAAGGGAAACUUAAUUCACAUAUCUUUAUAUUAAGAGAACUAUUGGAAAAAAGUAGAAAUGUAAACAAUAGUGGAGAGAGAUAUAAAUUAUUAAGUGAGGCAGAGGAAUAGAAAAAAAUAACGGAGGCUCUAAUUUAUACAUUAAAUUAAUAUAAGGAUCAUGUAAGUGUAAAAUUUGUGGGGGAUUGUAAGAAGGUGAUAGUAGAGUAUGAAGAAGAAUUAAGACAAUCUUUUAUGUCUGCUAAAAGAGAGGAGGGAAUCUUUAUGACAAAUUAGAAAAGCUUAUAGUAAUCGAUGUUUGUUAGUGAAAUAGAAUAAGAUGAGAGAUUUGAUGAUGAGUUAUAAAAUGAGAAAUCAAUAAGAGGAAAAAUAUAUAAAUAUUUUAAUAAAGUAUUUGGUUGUCUUAAUACUUAUAAUUAAUGAUAAUGG